GCUGGACCACGAUGAGCGGGUCAGGCAAGGGACUGCUGGGGCUUUGGUUGUACCGGUCCGGUGAGGAGUGGACCAUCAAGCAGAGUGUGCCCAAGCCCAUACAAAAAAAGAAAAUGACUCUCCCCUCCUCGGCAGAGGGAGAUCCUCAGGAUGCUCUCCCUGUGAACUCUCUCAUCUUCUCUCUCAAGAACCAAGUCGGAGGACUCGCCAGGGCAUUGCAGGUGUUUCAGGAGCUGGGGGUGAAUGUGCUUCACAUUGAGUCCAGACCCUCUGGGCGGCGAGACUCGGAGUACGAGAUACUGGUGGAGGUGAAGUGCGACAACCGCAGGAUGGAACAGCUGAUGGCUCUGCUCAGGAGGGAGGUCGCGGCCAUCAACUUGGACACCUUCGAGCAGGGGGUGGAUCUUCCUCCCCCCACACCUCUCUCGUCCACAGCCUCCUUCGAUUUUGAGGAGAUGCCGUGGUUCCCUAAGAAGAUCUCAGAUUUGGAUCAGACCCAACGUGUCCUGAUGUAUGGCACUGAGCUGGACGCCGACCACCCGGGAUUCAAGGAUCCCGUGUACAGAAAGCGAAGAGAGCAGUUCGCCAACAUCGCUUCUGCUUACAAACAUGGUCAACCCAUCCCGAGGGUGAAGUACACGGAGACUGAGAUCAAGACUUGGGGCACAGUGUUUCGUGAGCUACACAAGUUGUACAAGCAGCAUGCCUGCAGGGAAUACCUGGAGAAUUGGCCUGAACUAGUGAAAUAUUGCGGUUACAGAGAAGACAACAUUCCCCAGCUACAGGAUCUCAAUCUCUUCCUCAAGAGAAAGACAGGUUUUCAACUGAGACCAGUGGCCGGAUAUUUGUCACCGAGGGACUUCCUUGCUGGAUUGGCUUUCAGAGUGUUCCACUGCACCCAGUAUAUCCGCCAUAGCUCUGACCCUUACUACACCCCUGAGCCGGAUUGCUGUCAUGAAUUACUGGGUCACAUGCCUCUCCUAGCUAAUCCGAGCUUUGCCCAAUUCUCUCAAGAGUUAGGCCUGACUUCACUUGGAGCAUCCGACGGUGAUGUUGAGAAACUGGCCACGCUAUAUUUCUUCACAGUGGAGUUCGGUCUGUGCAAGCAAGAUGGGCAGCUGCGUGUGUACGGCGCAGGCUUGCUCUCCUCUGUCGCAGAGCUCAAGCACGCAGUUGCAGCCAGUGAUAAGAUAAAGCGGUUUGACCCCGAGGUCACUGUCCAUGAAGAGUGUAUCAUCACUGCUUUCCAGAACCACUACUACUACACAGACUCCUUUCAGGAGGCCACAGAGAAGAUGAGAGCAUUUGCAAACACCAUCCAAAGGCCGUUUGGUGUCCGUUACAACCCUUACACACAGAGCGUAGAGGUGCUGACUAAUGCACAGAAGAUAGCUGCCAUAGUCUCGGAGCUGCGGGGAGACUUGUGUAUCGUGAGCAAUGCUCUGCGCAAGAUACACGAGCAUGACGAGACUGUCGAUGUUGAGAGCAUCGAGAAGAUGCUACAAUCAGGACUGCAACUUAACCAUGAUGAGGAGGAACAGGAACAUGACUAAUAACAUGGUGUGCCAAUCUAACAUCUAAGUCUUCAUUAUAUUUCCAAAAUGUAAAGAAAAUAUUUCUAAAAUGUUGUAAUAUUAUACUUCAAAGUAGUAUUUCUCCCCAAAAAUGGCAGGAGAUGACAAAUUCCUCUACAUUUUGUAAUUUACAUUUAGUUAAUUUAUGGAUUUAGUGAGGUCAUCUGUCAACAAAAAACAUAAAAAAUUACUUAUAUUAAUCGAAAGUAAAUUUACAAAUAGGUUUUAUUUCUGGUCAAAGAUACUAAAUAUCAUGAUAAUUCAGUUUUUACUGUACGUAAAGAACACGGAGAGGUGCUUUAUGAUACUGAAUAUGUCAAGCUUCAUAUCCACCACAUGAGUAAUGCUUUAUACAGAUGUCUCUGUAUUAUCAAUGCUUGGCAUCCCUAUUGUAUUAUGUCUGUAUCACAAUGCAUCGUAAACAAGCUUGCUAAGGAGAGUAAUGCAAAAAUUAUAAUCAUAAAAUAUCAAAGUCUAAUAUUAAAGUCCACAAUGAGAUUUAAUAUAACUACUGCUUACAUUUACAAAGCAAAAUAUAAAUUAAAACUUUAAAACAAGAUCUAUUUAUUCCAAAAAUAAAAUAUUUUCAAAUUAUAAGAGCAAACAACAUUUUAAUUAACCUGGAUGACCACUAUUGCAUUAAUUUGCAAUGAAAGAAGACGAUAGCUACCUUUCAUUAGUUCAUUGUGAAACCAAUUAAGCUCUGAAGACAAUAAUGAUACUUAGUGUUUUAAUAGCAGCUAUUUUAGUUAUGCUGCUUUAUUAGAAAUAUUAUGAGAGAUUUCUUGCUUCCACAAUUUCUAUCGUUCUUACAUAGCUAAAUAAAUUGUUUUAGUUAUAGUCUGGCUUAUGUAGUCUUGUUUUAACUUUUUUUCAUAAAACUUUAAAAUUAGUUAUUAUAGUUAGACAAAUAAAUGUUACUUUG